AUGUCACUUAUACAGAAAGUGAAAAAUUUUAACUUUAGUAAGCAUACUUUGUCUUAUAAUUAACCAAUAUAUGGAACAGAUGAUAUAAAAGUUGGCCUUUUAAAUAAUGAACUUAUAAAAGAUCCUUUAUUUGGAAUUUCUACUUAAUCUAAGGAUUCAUAUGGAUUAGUAAGGAGAUUGGAAUUGUAUCAAUAGGAUGAAUGGGUAUCUGGCCCAUAAUUUGAGAUAUAAUUUAUAGCAAACUAUAUUAAGUUAGGAAAUAUAGAUAUUACAGAUAUUAAUUUAGAUAAAAUCACUUAAUUAUGUGUAGGAUUAGAUAUAGAUUAAAAAUAAAUAAAUAAAGCAUAAUUAGAUUAUACUAAAAGAUAUUAAGGUUUCAUUAAUAAUUAUUUCAUUCCUAGUGUUAGAAGCAAAUAUGAAAGAUAAUUUUAGUAUAACUAAGAGGAUAUGGAAAUUCUCACAGAAGAAAUAGAUGAAUUAAACAAACAAUUCUAAGGAACUUAAAGAAUGUAAGUAUCGUAUGAUUAAAACUUUAUAUACUACACUUAAGAAUAAAAUAAGUUUUAGUAAGGAGACUUUCGUGUUUCAUUUUAUGAACUAAAGCCUUAUUCAUAAAUUAGCGUUUUCACAAAUAAACUAAAAAAAAAGUAUAUUUAAAAUUAAGAUUCUGAUUUCUAUCUAGGUAGAGUAUAUAAUAAACUAUAGCUGCAUGAUUUUGAAGUUAUUUUACCUGGAAAUGUAUCUUAGCAUGAACUAAUUUAAAGCCUCAUAAACAGUCUCGAAAUAGAAAUGAACUUUUUUAAAAGUUUAUUUAGAAUUCAUAUUGAUAUUUUCAACAAAAAGCUCUUAUCAACAAUAAACUAAUAAUAAAGACGUUUUACUUCUACUUGGCCAAUAUACUAAAUUGAUAAAGUUAAUGUAUAACAAAAUACAAAUAAACUCCUUUUUGAUCCUUAUUUUGGAGUCUCUGCAAGUAGUCCUAAUGCAAUAGGAUUAAUUUAGCAGAUUGAAUAUUAUGAUGAAAAAAAUAAUAAUUGGAAAAAUUAUGGAUACUCGUAUCACAGAUAAUUAGAAAAAUAAAAUUUGUUUGAAGAUGGUGUAUUUUAUCAAAUCGAUAGUACGGAGAAAUAAAAUUGGAUAUUUUACCCUCAAACAAGUAAUAUUUUUAUACCUAAUUCUGUAAAAAUAGGUGAACAUAAAUUAUAAGAAUCAUAGUAUUUUAAUGUAGCAGAAAAAUAAAAAUAAAUAUAGAUAGAUGUAAAUCUUAUUGAAAACUAUUACGAAAGUAUUCAAAAUGAAGAAAAUUAAUAAAUUUCUGAAUUAGAAUAAUUACCAAAGAAGUUAAUAAUUACUUUUUCAAAAAUAAAAGAAAAUCAUCCUUUCAAAGUAGCUUAAUAAUAAAAUAAGAAAAUUUUCUUUUCAAAAAAUUAUAUUUACAUAACAAAGAAUCUUGACUCUUAUUCUGAUAGUGAUCAAAGAAUUUCUUUCCAUGAAUUAAUUCCAAGUGAAGAAGCUACCAUAUUUACUUCUUAGGGUUAGAACAAAGAAGUUUACUUGGGUGGAAAAUACUUAAAAAUGUUUUUACCAGGAUUUUAAAUAGCUAAAAAAGGGAGAAUUAAUGAUCAGAACGAGUUAGUUUAAGAAUUAAUCAAAAACCUUGAAGUAGCUACAUUUGGAUUAUAUUAGCAAAUAGAUUUAUGUUUUGAAUAAGAAUAAAAUAAAACGAAUUAUUUUUUGAGAAUACUUGCUAUUUUAACUUUAAUUUAUUACUUAAAUUUUGCUGAUAGACUAGGAUUAAAUACUUUUAAAUGGGGAUUAUGUUUAAGUUUAAAUCAUUGCUUUGCAAUAAAUUUAUACAAGUAUGGGUUAAUAAAUUUCAAAUUUUUGAAUUUGUAUUUCCUUUUGCCCUAUACAUUUGCUUGGAUAAUGUAUUCUAAUGAAGAAAAUAAAUAAAUUUAUUUAGAUAAUUCUCAAUAAAAUCAAUAAUUAUGUGCAUAAAAUACUUAAUAAUAUUUACAAUAAGAUAUUAAAGUAGAAAGCGAAAAAUUUAUUGAGUAGGAGUUAAGAAAUUAAAAUGAAUUACUAUUUAAUAAAAUUAUUGAUUAAAAUCUUAAUUAAAAACCAAAAAUUUGA